CGCCGCGGGGGCCAGGCCCGGCAGGCUGCAGCUGGACGUGCGCGACCGCACCCUGGGCGUCUUCCUGGACUACGAGCUGGGCGAGGUGUCCUUCUACGACAUGCCCGAGGGCGCGCACAUCUGCACCUUCCGCGAUUCCUUCUCCGGCGCGCUGCAGCCCUACUUCUACGUGGGGCCCGGCUCCAAGCCGCUCAGCGUGCCCCGGGAGCGGCUCUGCGAGUGAGAGCGGCCGGGCUGCUUCCCCCGGGGCUUCCCCCGCUUAAUCUGCUGUGUACCCUCCUUUGGGCCGCGGUGGGGGCGGUACCCAGCGUUUUGCAGGCUAAAGCGUGUACUGUGCUGUGGAGCUGCGCGCCAGGCCCCAGCUUCAUCUUCUGCUUUUUGUUCUUGUAAAUCACGAUGCUAGGGAUCAAAUCCAGGGAGUGCUGAACUACAUUUUCGCAAAUAAGGUUUUUUUUGUAGUAGUGGGGGUGGAACACAGGGCCGAUGCGCCGAGCUCGGUCCCCAGCCCUUUUUCUUUAUCUUUGAGCUAGGAGCUUGCUAGGUUGCCCAAGCCGGCCUGACCCUGCAGCCUGCCGCCGCCUCCCAAGCCCCUGGGGUCCCCGCAUGCGCCCCCCGGGCCACGCAGACUUUCUGAAUGGAAGCGUCCCUGGCUUCACGGUGCGCUCACAGCUCUGGGCCCUUUUUUUCGGUUUCCCCACUUGAAAGGAGAAAGCUUCAUUUUGUUGCCACGGCUCUGUGAAGCGGCUGAAGUACGGCCUCCCUCCCAGGGCUGUCUGGGGCUUGGUCACCCUGCUGGGUUUGGGGUGAGGGUUUUGUCUGUCCGUGGGUGGGGUGCACAAGACUCUGCUCACCCCACACAGCUGUCUGUAGGCAGAGAGCGGCGGGCAGCGGCUGGAAGGGCUGCGCACCGUAGAGGUCCCCAUUUUUUCUUUUUUUUGGGCACAAGGUGUUAACUAAAUUAAGUCGCUCACGCUGGGCUGGACUGGGGUGAUCCUCCUGCCUCAGCCUCCUGAGUGCUGGGAUUACAGGCAUGCACCACCACGCCCGGAGAGCGUGAGCAUUUUUCUCAUGUUGUAAGGUCACGUUGUUGGGAUUAGGUCUCACCGUGUUACCCAGGCUAGGCUUGGACUCCUUGCCUCGUCUCCCAGUGGCCAGGAAGACCCGAGUGCGACACCGAGCCCGGCUGGUGCUUGGUUUUUCUGCACUAAUGGCUUGUGUGUGCUGUGCAACAUGUAUCAGCACGGAUAGAACGUAGGUGUGAUUUUUUUUUUUUUUUUCCUGUUCUGGGAAUUGAACCCCGGGCUUCACAAUGAGCUACAUAAAGAAAUGGUAAGGGGGGGCAGCUGUGUGAAGGGCCGCAUCGCGUGUGCCUGUAUUGACACCACACGGCUCCCCAGUGACAUGUACAGGUUCCGUGUUCUAUAUGGCAGUUCAGAAAUAAA